AUGGUGGAGAUGAGCCCGGGCAAAGCAUCCAUGGAUGGAAAUCCAGCCAGCCGCAGGACAGGGAGGGCGGUGAGUGGGAACCCCCAGCAGCACCAAUACUGGACGCUGCUCGAUAUUGGUUUAUGGUCCUUGGACGCAACCGAGGUGCUCGUGGGAUGCGCCCUGCUACGUUCAGAACGACGGGCAGCAUUACACGUGUCCGGAGACGCGCUCCGAGCCAGUCAGAGCUUUGCUGCACGUACAGCCUGA